AUGUUAGAUACUGCUAAACGAGACAAUGAACCUUCUUUACUGUCAACGACAGCUUUAGACGUUACAUGGCCAUUGUGGAUAAGUCUGAUGUUGCAAAAAUUGAAAACCGCUUGGGUGCUUCCGGCUGUAUGUUAUUCGGUUGUAGUAAACGUCGUGGUGCCCGAGUUGGGGAAUCUUUUACUAGCACAUGUAAUGUAUGCAUCUGCAUCCGAAUUGAUUCGUAGAAUGGAUCCAAAGAAUUUGGUAAUAAAUUUAACUCUUGCGUAUUAUAAAUCGGACAAUAUAAUAUCACCUCUAUACGGUGUAUUCCUAUCAAUGUUAAUACAACAGUUAGAACUGCAACAAGAACUGCAGCAAGAACUGCAGCAAGAAAUGCAACAAGAACUGAUGCCGCAACCAUCAUCAUCACCGCUACCAUCACCACCGAUACAACAACAGCAACAAUCACUACUACUGCAGCAACAACAAUCACUACUGCAGCAGCAGCAACCGUCGCAACCGUCGCAACCGUCACAACCGGCGCCGCAGCCAACCAUUGACAGAAUGCAAGAAGAAAACAGACAAUUCAUGACUAGACUCACCAACAUGGAGACUAUUCUCAAAGCGCCACCGGUGAGACGACUGUCUCGCCCAACCCCACCAUCACCGUCGACUCUUGUUGCCUACGACGACUCUUCCGAUUCAAGCGUAGAAACGAAAAAGAGUUCGAGAUCACAGAAACGAUUAAAUCGCAUAAGCGAACGAAGAAGGUCACAGCGAAAGAAUAGUGAACCUCUGUUACCAUUGCGAGAAAACGUCAGUGUCGAUGACAUGCAAAGAUUAAACCUCGAUGAAAAUGACAGUUACAUGCAAUCAAAAGAAGACGCCAAUGACACACAAAGCAUCCACGCUACUAAUACAAACCUUCAUACAUCGAGCACUCAUACAACGUAUGACGAAAAAUCCCUUUCUCAACAAACCGAACAUUACACAAAACGCAUCAAUGACGAAGUACCACUCAUGGAUCCACUCCAAUCAUAUGACCUGACUCACAUCAGUACCGGUGGAGUAGGCAAAGUGUAUAAAGCAACGCAUAAGCGAAGCGAUCGUGUUAUUGCAAUUAAAGCCGUACCGAUAACGUCUUCCAAGUUAAUACAUUUGACUUAUGCUGAAGUGUUUGCAUCGAAAGUGUUGAGACAUCCGAAUAUAGUGUCGUUUUAUAGUAACUGUAGAAACCAAGACGAUUUAUGCUUAUUGAUGGAGUAUUGUGAGAGGGGUAAUUUGUUAAAAGUGAGGAGUAAGAAACAGGAAUGCAAGAUGGAUGAAAAAGAAAUUGCAUACGUCAUUAGAGAAGUUGCCAAGGGGUUGGAAUAUAUCCAUACUCAAGGUUUUGUACAUCGAGAUAUAAAAGCGCAGAACAUUCUUGUUACUAUUGAUGGCAAGAUAAAAAUAGCUGACUUUGGCUCAAUUUCACUUCACCCCCGAGCACAUCUCAAACUGGGUACUCUUUAUUGGAUGGCACCGGAACUUCUCUCCGACAAGCCCUACGACAACAAAAUCGACAUAUGGUCUCUUGCCAUUACGGCGAUUGAACUGCUCGACGGUCAUCCACCCUGGUUUCCACUCAGUCAACGACGAGUAGUCGAAUUGAUCAAAACAGUUGGAACUCCGCCGAUACCGAGUAAUGUGUCACAAGAAUUCGAAGCCUUUUUGAGAAGUUGUUUGGUGGUCGACGUGAAGGAACGUCCGAGCGCGAAAAAUCUGUUAUGGUGUGAUUUUUUGAAAAGUGGUAUUGGAAUCAAAAUAUAA